UGAAACAGUAUAUUUCUAUAUGAUAUAUCUUGGAAAGGUUUCCCCAGGAUGCGACAUUGAUUGUCACGUUCAUCUUAUUCUGGUUGACUGCUACACGUCAAGGUGCCAUCAGGGAGAGUUGAGGUAUGUCUCUUGAUUCUGUCGGCCGUUUUAGAGCUGAGAAUAUCCGGGGCUUCAUAGAGCUCGUUCCCUCCAGGCCCACGGUGUCUAUAAACCCGUGGCGCAACGCACGCAAUACUUCAGAUGUAAGCUCUGGUUUUUGUGAUUGGCUUUGUCAAGUUCACGGCCGCAAAGGAUAUACAACACAAUAUCGCAGCAUGGUAUUUGAGUGGGCGGGUUUACCGGGGGACAGCUUCGAGGCAAGAACUAGACUUUUAUGCAAUUUUCUAGACGAUUUCUCCAUGUACCGGAUCCGUAGCUAUAGAUGAAACUGAUCCUUGCUAAUUUCCAUUCAAAUGGGCUCGUAUUGCUCCGGAUCGCUCGUCCGACGAAUGAGAUGGAAAUGUGCACUGCAAGGCCAAUCACAAAGUGAGGUUCAUGUCGACUCCGCAAGAAUUCAAGAUGUGGUGGAACCGAUGAAGAACCAAUGGGUUCUUGCCAUGUGC